AUCUCUGUCUCGUCCUGGGUGAGCUGUAUGGAGCGCCAUUUGUGCCCAAACUGUGCAGCCAAUGUGUUUGUCAGUUCAUGAAUGGGUCAGUUUGUCCUGUUCAUGCGUAGAGCCUCCGCUGUGCUGCUCCGCGGCGCAGGCACAGUAAACACAGUCACUGCUGAGCGCACACGGCAGGGGUGAGAAGAUUGAGUGACAGCUUUCGGAAGCGAGUAAUGGGAAAUUUAAAAGCUGUAUCAUGUCAGAUAUAUUUUAUUACUAUUUUUGUGUGUGUUAAUUAUUUGUGAAAUCAUUUUAUAACAAAUAUACGGAUGAACCUUUUUUUAGCUAUUGUCCAAGUAGCUGCCUCUCCCCUCCCUCCCUAUCCCAUCUCCUUCAUACCCUCCCUCCUUUAUAUCCUCCCUCAUUCAUACUCUCCCUCCUUUAAACUCCCUCCUUUAUAUCCUCCAUCCAUUCUCAAUACCACUGCUAAUAAUUGUAAUUAUAAUAAAAUAUAAUAAUAAUAAUAAUAAUAAUAAUAAUAAUAAUAAUAAUAAUAAUAAUAAUAAUAAUAAUAAUAAUGUCUCCUCUCUGCUCCACAGUUGAUGUGACUCUGGACCCUGAUACAGCGCACCCCCGGCUCACCCUGUCUGCGGAGGGGAAACGAGUGAGACGGGGAGCGACACGGCAGGAUCUCCCUGACAAUCCAGAGAGAUUUGAUUCCUGUCGCUGUGUGCUGGGCAGGGAGGGCUUCACCUCGGGGAGACGCUAUUGGCAAGUGCAGGUGGGGGGGAAUACAGUGUGGAGAUUAGGAGUCAGCAGAGAGUCUGCCCCGAGGAAGGGGAGGUUCAGCAUGACCCCCCAGAAGGGUUACUGGGCUGUGAGGUGGAGUGGAGGUGAGUUCACUGCUCGCACUGCCCCCCGGACCCCCCUCCCCCUGAGUCUGAAGCCCCAGAAGCUGGGGGUGUAUCUGGAUUACGAGGAAGGGCAGCUCUCCUUUUACAAUGUGGAGAGCAGAUCUCACAUCUACACUUUCACUGACAUGGAGUUCAAUCCCAGGGAGAAACUCUAUCCACUCUUCUGUACUGGGGACAGUGAUACAGACCUUGUGCUGGAGUCCCCUGACCCUGACCCUGUCAGCGCUGCAAAUUAAACACAUAUUGCUGUCUGAACCAGGAAACUAUUCAAACAGCUCAGACAGUUUCCUCUUCACUUUCACUGACACUCUCUCUGCACUCUUCUGGGCUGAUGAGAAGAAAUCCUCUCUCUUCCACCCUCUUACCCUGAGCCCCUCCUCUUUAUUACUCUACACCCCCUUUCCUACUCUCCCUUCCUGUCUGCCUCUCUCUUUCCCCUCCACCUCUCUC